AAUAUCGUCAUGAGAGACUACUGAAAAUAAUGGCGGCUGAUUGUAGUUGAAAUUUGAAUCAAAAUAUGCCAGAACAUUCUCCUUCGCCCACUCCAGAGAGAGCGGUCUAUGGAUUUGUACUGUACUUAGGAACCUAUUUUGGACUUGGCCUGUAUUUUAUUUGGGCUUGCGUCCCAGAAGAAUGGCUGCAAAGUAUUGGAAUAACUUAUCUUCCUCAAAGGUACUGGGUGUUAGCUGGACCAAUUUAUCUCUGUGUUGCAUUUGUGUUUGCAGUUUUGUUCUAUAUAGCAUAUAAUUUCACCAUCACUCUCCCACCAGACUCCAUCAACACAAUUACAGAUCAACAUGCUCAAUACAUUAAUGAAGAAAAAAUUUCAGUUCCUCUUGGAUCAGUUCCACCUUUGUAUGACAUUCCACUCAGCCAAGUAAACAGGGCCCUCUACCAAGACUAACAUGUACUACUCUUCAGAUUUCUUAACUCUGGACAUGUUGGCUAAAUUUAAGUAUUUUUUUUCUUUUUUAAUUGACAAGGUUGUACAUGCAAUUUAUUGAGGUUGUACAGCAUAAUUAAACUUGUAUUUAAAUCAGCUAUUGAUUUCAAGAAAUAAGGAAUGGUAUAUUAAACCCUAACCAUAAGGCCGA